CCGGUGCGCGAGGCUGUCGGCGCGCGCCCAUAGAGACAGGCUGAGGGGCCAGGCCGGCUGGUGCUGGGCCCGCGGCGCGUUUCCACUUCCUGCGCGCCUUUCUGCGCACGCGUGCCCGACAGAGCGAGCCCUGAGGACAGACCCAGGUGUGAUUCUUCUCAGUACGGCGGCACCGUGGAAGUGCAGACUUUCACAGGGGGUGUGGUCUCAGCUCACACAGGUGCUCCAGAGGCUGGUGGACCUGAGCGGAGGCUGGGACGCCCUAGUGGGCCCCGGGCCCUGGAAGGCGGGUCCCGGUGGCUGGUGGCCCAGAAUGAGGCCAGCUCCCAGUAUGCCCUGCAGCCGGACACCAGCCCCUCGGCCUGCAGCAGUGGUGAUACCAACCCAGUUAUUCUUCAGGCAUCCAACAAGGAGCCUGGGAGUGGGACCAUGCAGAGCAGCCCCUCCCCUGCUCAUCCUCAGCUCCCAAUCCUACAGACACAGAUGGUGUCGGACGGCAUGACAGGCAGCAAUCCUGUGUCCCCUGCCUCAUCUAGUUCUCCAGCCUCUAGUGGGGCAGGUGGCAUCUCCCCCCAGCACAUCACUCAAGAUUCCUCUCUGGAUGGACCUCCAGGCCCCCCAGAUGGUGCCACAGUGCCCCCGGAGGGGCUCAGCUUAUCUCAGGCUGCUGAUUUGGUUAACAAGGGCCCAAAGUGGGAGAAGAGUCAUGCAGAAAUUGCAGAGCAAGCCAAGCAUGAAGCUGAGAUUGAGACUCGAAUUGCUGAGCUACGGAAGGAAGGAUUCUGGUCAUUGAAGAGGCUUCCUAAGGUGCCAGAGCCUCCCCGCCCCAAAGGCCACUGGGAUUAUCUGUGCGAGGAGAUGCAGUGGCUCUCUGCUGACUUUGCUCAGGAGCGCCGAUGGAAACGGGGUGUGGCCCGUAAGGUGGUGCGAAUGGUGAUCCGACACCACGAGGAGCAGCGGCAGAAAGAGGAACGGGCUCGGAGGGAGGAGCAGGCCAAGCUGCGCCGAAUUGCUUCUGCCAUGGCAAAGGAUGUCAGGCAGUUUUGGAGCAAUGUGGAGAAGGUGGUGCAAUUCAAGCAGCAGUCCCGGCUUGAGGAAAAGCGCAAAAAAGCCUUAGACCUGCACCUGGACUUCAUUGUGGGACAAACUGAAAAGUACUCAGACCUUCUGUCUCAGAGCCUUAACCAGCCGCUAGCUUCCAGCAAAGCUGGCUCUUCCCCUUGCCUUGGCUCUUCCUCAGCUGCCUCUAGUCCUCCACCUGUUGCUUCCCGGCUGGAUGAUGAAGAUGGGGACUUCCAGCCCCAAGAGGAGGAGGAAGAGGAUGAUGAGGAGACCAUUGAGGUUGAAGAACAGCAGGAAGGCAAUGAUGCAGAGACCCAGAGGCGUGAGAUCGAGCUACUUCGACAUGAGGGAGAACUGCCACUGGAAGAGUUGCUCCGUUCCCUACCCCCUCAGUUGCUAGGAGGACCUUCCAGCCCCUCUCAAACUCCCUCAUCUCAUGAUAGUGACACCCGAGAUGAACCUGAAGAAAGUGUUGAAGAGGAGCCCUCUCAAGUGUUGGAGGUGAAGCCCGCACCUUCCUCCAUCACACAAUGCAGCAAGCAGCGUUGGCAUCCGGAUGAAGAUGAUGAAGAGUUUACUGCCAAUGAUGAUGAAGCGGAGGAUGAAGAGGACACCAUAGCAGCUGAGGAGCAGUUGGAAGGAGAGGUGGAUCAUGCCAUGGAGCUGAGCGAGUUGGCUCGAGAAGGUGAGCUGUCUGUGGAAGAGCUACUGCAGCAGUAUGCAGGAGCCUAUGCCUCUGAUGCCUCUGCUCCAGGUUCUGGGAGUAGUGAUGGGGAAGACGAAGAUGAGGAGGUUGAGGCUAACAGCUCUGACUGUGAACAAGAGGAGGCAACAGAAGCUGAAGAAGCAGCUCAAGAGGAUAGUAGCAGCCAGUCAGGUGAAUGUCUGGUCCUGAGGCAGGAGCUGGGAAAGGCAUGUGUUGGAGAAGCAGGUACUAAGCCUUGGUCUUGUGAUCUAGACUCUGCUGAGGAGCAGAGUGAGGAUGAAGAAGAUGAUCAUUCAGAGGAGGAAGAAACAAGUGGCAGUUCAGAAUCAGAAGAAUCUGAGUCUGAGGAGUCUGAGGAUGCUCGAUCACAGAGCCAAGCAGAUGAAGAAGACGAAGAGGAGGAAGAUGAUGAUUUUGGGGUGGAGUACUUGCUUGCCCGGGAUGAAGAACAGAGUGAGGCAGAUGGGGGCAGUGGGCCUCCUACCCCAGGGCCCACCACCACUCUAGGUCCUAAGAAAGAAAUUACUGACAUUGCUGCAGCAGCUGAAAGUCUUCAGCCCAAGGGUUACACAUUGGCGACUACCCAGGUAAAGACACCCAUUCCCCUACUACUGCGGGGCCAGCUCCGGGAGUACCAACACAUUGGGCUUGACUGGCUGGUUACUAUGUAUGAAAAGAAACUUAAUGGCAUUCUUGCAGAUGAGAUGGGGCUGGGGAAGACGAUCCAGACCAUCUCCUUACUUGCUCACUUGGCCUGUGAGAAAGGUAAUUGGGGUCCCCAUUUAAUCAUUGUUCCCACCAGCGUGAUGUUGAACUGGGAGAUGGAAUUGAAACGUUGGUGCCCCAGCUUUAAAAUCCUCACUUACUAUGGAGCCCAGAAAGAGAGGAAGCUCAAGCGGCAGGGCUGGACUAAGCCCAAUGCCUUCCAUGUGUGUAUCACAUCUUACAAGCUGGUGCUGCAGGACCACCAGGCCUUCCGCCGCAAGAACUGGCGCUAUCUUAUUUUGGAUGAGGCUCAGAACAUCAAGAACUUCAAGUCUCAGCGCUGGCAGUCACUGCUUAACUUCAAUAGCCAGAGACGGUUGCUCCUGACAGGAACUCCCUUACAGAACAGCCUCAUGGAGCUGUGGUCCUUGAUGCACUUUUUGAUGCCUCAUGUCUUCCAGUCUCAUCGAGAGUUCAAGGAAUGGUUCUCUAACCCCCUAACUGGCAUGAUUGAGGGCAGCCAAGAAUAUAAUGAAGGUCUGGUCAAACGCCUGCACAAGGUUUUGCGGCCUUUUUUGUUACGCCGAGUUAAGGUGGAUGUUGAGAAGCAGAUGCCCAAAAAGUAUGAGCAUGUUAUCCGCUGCCGGCUCUCCAAGCGCCAACGCUGUCUCUAUGAUGACUUCAUGGCACAGACCACAACUAAGGAGACACUAGCCACAGGCCAUUUCAUGAGUGUCAUCAACAUUUUAAUGCAGCUACGAAAAGUCUGCAAUCAUCCAAAUUUGUUUGACCCUCGACCUGUUACCUCUCCCUUCAUCACCCCAGGCAUCUGCUUCAGCACCGCCUCUCUGGUGCUAAGGGCCACUGAUGUCCACCCACUGCAGCGGAUAGACAUGGGUCGGUUUGACCUUAUUGGCCUAGAGGGUCGUGUCUCUCGAUACGAGGCUGACACUUUCCUGCCCCGCCACCGCCUCUCCCGCCGGGUACUGCUAGAGGUGGCUACUGCUCCUGAUCCCCCACCUCGUCCCAAGCCUGUCAAGAUGAAGGUCAACAGGAUGCUACAGCCAGUGUCCAAGCAAGAAGGCCGCACAGUGGUGGUGGUGAAUAGCCCACGGACGCCUCUUGGCUCUGGCCCAUUUCGACCUCCUCUAGGCCCUGAGCUGUCAGCCCAGCCUACCCUUAGUCCAACCUCCCCAAUGCUGCCGGCACCACUGAUGAUGUCGGCCUCAACUGCUGGACCCCCGCUUGUUCCUGUAUCCCGGCCUCCUGGAUCUGUUCUUUUGCCUCCCUUGCAGUCAAACAGUGGUCCUCUAUCCCAGGUGUUGCCAUCCCCCCUGGGAGUCCUGAGUGGCACCUCACAGCCUCCCACACCAACCCUGUCCUUGAAGCCAGCUCCACCCGCCCCAGUUCGCUUGAGUCCAGCACCACCCCCAGGAUCCUCUAGCCUGUUGAAGCCCCUGACAGUGCCACCAGGAUAUACCUUCUCUCCUGCUGCUGCUGCUACCACCACUUCUACCACCACAGCAACCACUACCACCACGGCAGUGCCAGCUCCAGCUCCUGCACCACAGCGUCUCAUCCUGUCUCCUGAAAUGCAGGCCCGCCUGCCCUCCGGCGAAGUGGUCAGCAUUGGGCAGUUGGCCUCACUGGCACAACGUCCGGUGACUAGUGCUGGGGGAAGCAAACCUCUCACCUUCCAAAUCCAGGGCAACAAACUGACUUUGACUGGUGCCCAGGUGCGCCAGCUUGCUGUGGGGCAGCCCCGCCCGCUGCAAAGGAAUGUGGUGCACCUGGUGUCAGCAGGGGGGCAGCACCACCUCAUCAGCCAGCCUGCCCAUGUGGCCCUCAUCCAGGCCGUGGCCCCGACCCCUGGCCCUACCCCUGUCUCUGUGCUGCCUUCUUCGACCCCAAGCACCACCCCUGCCCCCACUGGCCUCAGCCUUCCGCUUGCUGCUAACCAGGUGCCACCAUCCAUGGUGAAUAAUACAGGCGUGGUGAAGAUUGUAGUGAGACAGGCGCCUCGGGAUGGACUGACUCCUGUUCCACCGCUGGCACCGGCACCACGGCCUCCAAGCUCUGGGCUUCCAGCUGUGUUGACUUCACGUCCCACAUUAACCCCUGGUCGGCUACCCACACCUACUCUGGGUACUGCCCGGGCUCCUGUACCCACGCCCACUCUGGUGAGGCCCCUUCUCAAGCUGGUCCACAGUCCUGCGCCUGAAGUCAGUGCUUCAGCACCCGGAGCUGCUCCAAUGACCAUCUCCUCUUCUCUCCAUGUGCCAUCCUCACUUCCAGGGCCAGCCUCUUCUCCGAUGCCAAUUCCCAACUCCUCUCCCCUUGCCAGUCCUGUGUCCUCUACAGUUUCAGUCCCUGUGUCAUCUUCACUUCCCAUCUCUGUCCCUACCACACUUCCCACCCCAACUUCUGUUCCCUUAACUAUCCCCAUUUCAGCCCCCUUGCCUGUUUCGGCUUCAGGCUCAGCUUUGUUAACCAGUGUGACUCCAGCACUGGUACCUGCUAUCUCAGCAGCUUCUGGACCUCCUCCUUUGGCAUCAGCUGGUCCUUCCCCGUCAGUGUCAGCCUUGACUCUGGGUUUGGCCACAGCUCCGGCCCUGUCCCCACCUCAGACACCUGGUCACCCUCUUUUGUUGGCUCCCACUUCUUCCCAUGUUCCAGGGUUGAACUCAGCUGUGGCUCCCACAUGCUCACCUGUCCUGGUGCCAGCUUCAGCUCUGGCCAGUCCUUUCCCAUCAGCACCAAAUCCAGCUCCAGCUCAGGCUUCCCUUUUGGCUCCAGCGCCUUCUGCAUCUCAGGCUUUAGCCACCUCACUGGCUCCAUUGGCGACUCCACAGACAGCGAUUCUGGGUCCUUCUCCAGCUCCUCCUCUGGCUCCUCUUCCUGUCCUGGCUUCAUCACCAGGUCCUGCUCCUGUCCUAGCUCCAUCGCAGACUCCGCUUCCAAUUAUGGCUCCAUCAUCAAUGCCAGGAACCCCAUUAGCCUCAUCUUCACUGGUGCCAUCUCCAACUCCUGUGUUGACUCCAUCAUCAACUCAUACUAUGGUACCAGCCCCAAUUCCAUCACCUCUCUCAAGCCUGGCUUCCGCUCAGACACUGGCCCUAGCCCCAACUUUAGCAUCCACUCUUGGCGGCUCGUCUCCAUCUCAGACACACUCUUUGGGAACAGGGAACCCUCAGGGGCCCUUUCCAACUCAGACAUUAUCAUUGACUCCAGCAUCAUCCCUGGUACCAACUCCAGCCCAGACACUAUCUUUGGGACCAGGAGCACCACUGGGUCCAAUGCAGACGUUGUCUCUGGCUCCAGCUUCUCCAAUAGGCCCUGUCCCAGCUCAUACACUGACUUUGGCUCCAGCAUCGUCAUCUGCUUCGCUCCUAGCCACUGCGUCAGUGCAAGCACUGACCUUGAGCCCUGCCCCUGUUUCUGUGCCCACCCUGGGUCCAGUUGCAGCUCAGACCCUGGCACUGGCCCCAGCAUCAACACAGGCCCCAGCUUCCCAGGCAUCUUCCCUUGUGGUUUCGGCAACUGGUGCUGCUUCCUUGCCUGUCACCAUGACAAACCGGCUGCCUGUUGCCAAGGAUGAGCCUGAGACACUGACGUUGCGCUCUGGUCCCCCCAGCCCUCCUUCCACUGCUACCUCGUUCAGUGGCCCCCGGCCUCGACGCCAGCCCCCACCACCACCUCGUUCUCCUUUCUAUCUGGACUCUCUGGAGGAAAAGCGGAAACGGCAGCGGUCUGAACGCCUAGAACGGAUUUUCCAACUUAGUGAGGCUCAUGGGGCCCUGGCACCCGUGUAUGGGACUGAAGUCCUGGAUUUCUGUACCUUGCCCCAACCUGUUGCCAGCCCCAUCGGCCCUUGUUCUCCUGGCCCCAGGCACCCCACCUUUUGGACUUAUACUGAGGCUGCCAACCAGGCUGUACUGUUUCCCCAGCAGCGACUAGACCAACUGUCAGAAAUCAUUGAGAGGUUCAUCUUUGUCAUGCCUCCCGUGGAGGCACCUCCCCCUUCCCUGCAUGCCUGCCACCCACCUCCUUGGCUGGCUCCACGUCAGGCAGCCUUCCAGGAGCAACUGGCCUGUGAGCUCUGGCCUCGGGCUCGCCCUUUGCACCGAAUUGUGUGUAACAUGCGUACCCAGUUCCCUGACUUGAGACUCAUCCAGUAUGACUGCGGAAAAUUGCAGACAUUGGCAGUGCUGUUGAGGCAGCUCAAAGCGGAGGGUCACCGGGUGCUCAUCUUCACCCAGAUGACACGAAUGCUGGAUGUAUUGGAACAGUUUCUCACUUACCAUGGUCAUCUCUACUUACGUCUCGAUGGGUCUACUAGAGUUGAACAGAGACAGGCCUUGAUGGAACGGUUCAAUGCAGACAAACGCAUUUUCUGCUUCAUCCUUUCAACUCGAAGUGGGGGUGUAGGCGUGAACCUUACAGGAGCAGACACUGUUGUUUUUUAUGACAGCGACUGGAAUCCUACCAUGGAUGCUCAGGCCCAGGAUCGCUGUCACCGAAUUGGUCAGACUCGAGAUGUCCACAUCUAUAGGCUUAUCAGUGAACGGACAGUGGAGGAGAACAUCCUAAAAAAGGCAAAUCAAAAGAGAAUGUUGGGAGACAUGGCCAUUGAAGGAGGCAACUUCACCACAGCCUAUUUUAAACAGCAGACCAUCCGAGAGCUGUUUGAUAUGCCAUUGGAGGAGCCAUCUGGGUCAUCUGUACCCUCUGCCCCCGAAGAGGAGGAGGAGACUAUGGCUAGCAAGCAGACCCAUAUUCUGGAGCAGGCUUUGUGCCGGGCAGAGGAUGAAGAGGAUAUCCGUGCAGCUACCCAGGCCAAGGCUGAGCAAGUGGCUGAACUUGCAGAAUUUAAUGAGAAUGAUGGGUUUCCUGCUGGUGAGGGAGAGGAAGCUGGUCGGCCUGGAGCUGAAGAUGAGGAGAUGUCCCGUGCUGAGCAGGAAAUUGCUGCCCUUGUAGAACAGCUGACCCCCAUUGAACGCUAUGCCAUGAAAUUCUUAGAAGCCUCAUUGGAGGAAGUGAGCCGAGAGGAGCUCAAGCAGGCAGAAGAACAAGUAGAAGCUGCCCGCAAAGACCUGGACCAAGCCAAGGAGGAGGUGUUCCGCCUACCACAAGAGGAGGAUGAGGGGCCAGGGGCUGGGGAUGAGAUGUCCUGUGGGACUGGUGGAGGCAGCCACCGCCGCAGUAAGAAAGUCAAGGCUCCUGAGAGACCGGGAACCCGUGUCAGUGAGCGUCUUCGUGGAGCCCGGGCUGAGACUCAAGGGGCAAAUCACACUCCUGUCACAUCUACCCAUCAUACCCGCAGCACCUCUACACCCCCACGUUGUAGCCCUGCCAGAGAACGAGUUCCAAGGCCAGCACCUAAGCCUCGACCUACUCCAGUUUCAGCUCCUGCUGCAAUUCCUGCCCUAGUCCCUGUCCCUGUCCCAGUCCCAAUACCCAUUUCAGCCCCAAAUCCAAUAACCAUUCUUCCUGUACACAUCUUGCCUUCUUCACCUCCUCCACAGAUUCCUCCCUCCUGUUCUUCUCCUGCCUGUACCCCUCCUCCUACCUGUACACCUCCACCACCUCAUACCCCACCACCAGCCCAAAUCUCUCUGUCAACUCCUUCCUCACCUGUCCUGCUUGGUUCACCUUCUGUGCCCGUCUCUCCCCCAGUUAUGACUCUCCCUUUGGGCGUGGGGCCUGAGGGAGUACUGUGUGCACAAGCAUUGGCAUCUAUGGAGUCCCUGGAGCUGGGUGGCAUGAACAGUUCUGAGGCUUCCCCACUUACUCUUGGGUCCCCGAAGGAUCUGUUGCCAGUUGCUGUUGAGAUCCUGCCUGUUUCAGAGAAGAACUUUCCUCUCAUCCCUUCUGCUCCAAGUCCAAUUUUGGAGGCUGGCAGUGUCCCCAACGGUCAAGAGCAGAAGGUCCCAGAUUGUUCUGAGGGACCCAUCCUCACAGUGCUGCCUGAUGGAGAGUUGCACACGGGUCUGAGUGAGAGCAAUGGGCUGGAGCUCCCACCUUCAGCAUCUGAUGAGCCACUUCAGGAGUCAUUGGAAGCUGACAGGAACUUGGAAGAGCUGGUAGAGGUUCAGACCCCAACCUCCAGUCCAGAGAAGCCACAAGAACUUGUUGCAGCUGAGACCACAGCCCCUUCAACCUCUUCUUCAGCCACCUCAUCUCCUGAGGGUUCUUCACCUGCCCGGCCCCCUCGGCGUCGCACCAGUGCUGAUGUAGAGAUUAGGGGUCAGGGGACUGGCCGGCCAGGGCAACCUCCAGGCCCUAAAGUGCUUCGAAAGCUACCAGGAAGGCUAGUAACUGUGGUGGAAGAAAAAGAACUUGUGAGGCGACGGCGACAUCGGGGAACUACCAACACCCUAGUGCCUGGGGUCUCUGACACUAGUGCCAGCCCGGGAAGCCCUUCAACCCGCAGCCUGUCAGGGCCAGAGUCUUCACCUCCCACCAGCGGGCUUUGUGAAGCUAUUUCCUCAUCCUCACUACCCACUCCAACCCAGCAGCCCUUCAUAGCUCGUCGUCACAUUGAGUUGGGGGUGACUAGUGGGGGCAGCCCAGAGAAUGGAGAAGGGGCGUUGCUUGCCAUCACUCCACCAGCUGUGAAACGUCGGAGGGGGAGGCCCCCAAAGAAGAACAGAUCUCCAGCGGAUGUUGGGAGAGGGGUGGAUGAGGCUUCCUCAUCCACACUAAAGGGAAAAACCAAUGGGGCUAAUCCAGUCCUUGGAGCUGAGACCCUCAUUGUUGCAGAGCCUGUCCUAGGGCCCCAGCUUAUUCCUGGGCCCCAGCCUCUUGGACCCCAGCCAGAUCACAGACCAGAGCCCAUCAUCCUCUCACCUGUGGAGAAAAGAAGGCGCGGUCGUCCCCCUAAAGCACGGGAUUUGACCGUCCCUGGGAACAUUUCCUCUCCAGGGGAUGGCAAUUUAGAGAGCCGGACACAGCCACUCCCACUUCCACCACCCCUGCCACCCCUCCCACCACUAUUAGCCUGUCCCACUACUACUGUCACCAACACUGUCACCACAGUCACCAUUUCAACAUCCCCACCCAAGCGGAAGCGAGGCCGACCUCCCAAGAAUCCACCAUCACCUCGGCCUAGCCAGCUUCCUGUCUUGGACCGUGACAGCUCUUCAGUCCUUGAGAGCUGUGGAUUGGGGAGGCGACGACAACCCCUGGGACAGGGGGAGAGUGAGGGUAGUUCCUCUGAUGACGAUGGAAGCCGCCCCCUCACCCGCCUGGCCCGCCUGCGGCUUGAAGCAGAGGGGAUAAGGGGACGAAAGAGUGAAGGGUCCAUGGUGGUGGCUGUAAUUCAGGAUGACCUGGAUUUAGCAGAUAGCGGGCCAGGCGGGUUAGAACUGACACCACCUAUGGUCUCAUUAGCCCCAAAAUUGCGCUCGACCCGGCUGCGUCCAGGGUCUCUAGUCCCUCCACUAGAGACUGAGAAGGUGCCUCGCAAACGGUCAGGGGCUCUACUUGGUGGGGGUCCUGGGCCAGCAAAGCGGAGCCGUCUGCAGCCCCCAAGUCCCCUAGGGCCUGAGGGUUCAGUAGAGGAGUCUGAGGCUGAAGCCUCAGGUGAGGAAGAGGAAGCGGAUGGAACCCCACGCCGCCGGCUUGGGCCCCGCAGGCUUGUUGGGACCACCAACCAAGGGGACCAGCGCAUCCUGCGCAGCAGUGCACCUCCCCAUCUGUCUGGCCCUACCAUUAGUCACAGAGGCCGAAAGGCCAAGACGUGAGUGGGCUGCCCUCAACCUUGGCUUUCCACCACAACUGCUCUCCCUCCAUGACCAGGCCUGACUCUUUUAACCACUACUUGAAGUCUUUUGAGGGGGAAAGCCUCCAGGGAGACAAAGGGGCCUUCUCCCUUCUUUCCACCAAAGUAGGGGGUAGGCAACUGAUUGUCAUGGAAAUGGGGUUCAUCACAAUCCCCCUUCCUUCCCUCCCCAUAUGGCUGGGCAGUGUUAAGGGUGGCAAGAUAGUCUCUGUCCCCACCCCCUUGUACUUGAUUCUCCAGCUAUCUUUCACAGCCCCCUGCCCUUAUAGGAAAGGGGAGGGGCUUCUCUACAAUGAGUUUUUUUCUUUUUUUUUUUUUUUUUUUUAAGAAGAAAAAAAAUAAUAAACUUAGUUUCUGUAUGAGCA